UAUUUACUUCCGGAUAAAACACGUGACAUGAUAAUGUCGUCCAGUAUUAAAAAACCGUGUGUUUCAGAACAAGAAAUAAUGCUUGCAAGAGUCAUAUGGGACUACAUGAAGCUAAAUCACGUCUGCCAAAAGAGUGAUGUAAUACUUUGUAUGUGUAGCUAUGAUAUACGUGUAGCAGAUAAGGCAGCAUCUCUGUUUCUGCAAGGAAUGGGAGACUGGCUAGUGAUUUCCGGAAAUACCGGAAAACUUACAGAAAACUUGUGGACAGAGCCGGAAGCAAUCAUUUUUGCGGAGAGGGCAAGGCAACUAGGUGUUUCUGAUGAAAAAAUCAUCCUUGAGACAAAAUCGACAAACUCUGGCGAAAACGUUCGUUUUACGCAUAAGAUAUUAUCAGAGAAAAAAAUGCAUCCACAGUCGUUUAUCCUUGUGCAGAAACCGUAUAUGGAAAGACGUGCAUACGCCACGUUUAUGAAACAGUGGCCAGAUGCGCUUCCUCCGGAAGCAGUGGUUGUGACGUCACCGGAUAUAGAUCUAUUGGAUUAUCCGAACGAGGCUACAGGGACGCUGAGUGAUGUAAUAUCUGUAAUUGUAGGAGAUUUAGCUAGAAUUAAACUUUACGAAGACAUAGGGUUUCAGAUACCUCAGACAAUUCCAGAUUGUGUGCAAAAGGCAUAUAAUGAUUUAAUUACAUGUGAAAAAUUCAAUACCCACAUGCCUCUGUAAAACAUAUAGAUUACUAAAUGUCUAAAUUCAUAUGUUUCCAUUUUGUUUUGUACUUUAAGUCUUUAUAG